UUAAGUGGUGGAUGUUGAUUAACUUGUAGUACUACUCGAUCAAAAGCCAUCUUUCCCUCCAAAAGGAACACUCGCCUAUGCUCCAGCUUUCCCCCUUUCAAACAACGACACCUUUGUUGCUGCUAAGUGCUAACCACGGAUCACGGCGCCAUCCAAUUCACCACCAUGACUCCAUGACACUAGCUUUCUCCUCAUCGUCGUCUCCGCUAGCUCCCUGCCAUGGCGAUGGACAAGCUCUUCCUCCUCCUUCCCAUAGUCCUCCUCCUCCUCUCCUCCGUGUCCUCGGAGACGGAUGACGCUGGAGCGCUCCUCCGCUUCAAGGCUUCGGUCCACAAGGACCCUAGAAACCUUCUCUCCUCCUGGCAGCAAGCAGCGUCCGGGUCCGGCGGCAACGGCAACGGCACGUACUACUGCAGCUGGUACGGGGUGAGCUGCGACGGCGACGGGCGAGUGUCGCGGCUCGAUCUCUCCGGGAGCGGCCUCGCGGGGCGCGCCUCGUUCGCGGCGCUCUCUUUCCUCGAAGCGCUGCGCCAACUCAACCUCUCCGGCAACACCGCGCUCACCGCCAAUGCCACCGGCGAUCUCCCCAAGCUCCCGCGCGCGCUCGAGACGCUCGACCUCUCCGACGGCGGCCUCGCGGGCGCCCUCCCCGACGGCGACAUGCAGCACCGCUUCCCCAACCUCACCGACCUACGCCUCGCCAGGAACAACAUCACCGGGGAGCUGUCGCCCUCCUUCGCGUCCGGGUCGACGACGCUGGUCACCCUCGACCUCUCCGGCAACCGCCUCACCGGCGCGAUCCCGCCGUCGCUGCUGCUGUCCGGCGCCUGCAAGACGCUCAACCUCUCCUACAACGCGCUCUCCGGCGCGAUGCCGGAGCCGAUGGUUUCCAGCGGCGCCCUCGAGGUGCUCGACGUUACGUCCAACCGGCUCACGGGCGCGAUCCCCCGCAGCAUCGGGAACCUGACGUCGCUGCGGGUCCUCAGGGCCUCUAGCAACAACAUCUCAGGCUCGAUCCCGGAAUCCAUGUCCUCGUGCGGCGCGCUCCGUGUGCUCGAGCUCGCCAACAACAACGUCUCCGGCGCCAUCCCGGCCGCCGUGCUCGGGAACCUCACCUCGCUGGAGAGCCUGCUGCUCAGCAACAACUUCAUCUCCGGGUCGCUCCCGGCCACCAUCGCCUCCUGCAAGAGCCUGCGGUUCGUCGACCUCAGCAGCAACAAGAUCUCCGGUUCGCUGCCGGACGAGCUCUGCGCGCCCGGGGCUGCGGCGGCGCUGGAGGAGCUCCGGAUGCCGGACAACCUCCUCACGGGCGCGAUCCCUCCCGGGCUGGCUAAUUGCACGCGGCUGAAGGUGAUCGAUUUCAGCAUCAACUACCUGAGCGGCCCGAUCCCAAAGGAGCUCGGCCGGCUCGGGGACCUGGAGCAGCUCGUGGCGUGGUUUAACGGCCUGGACGGCCGGAUCCCCGCGGAGCUCGGGCAAUGCCGGAGCCUCCGGACGCUCAUCCUCAACAACAACUUCAUCGGCGGCGACAUCCCCGUGGAGCUCUUCAACUGCACCGGCCUCGAGUGGGUGUCGCUGACGAGCAACAGGAUCAGCGGCGGUAUCCGGCCCGAGUUCGGCCGGCUUUCGCGGCUCGCCGUGCUGCAGCUGGCCAACAACACGCUGUCCGGAACCGUCCCCAAGGAGCUCGGCAACUGCAGCAGCCUCAUGUGGCUGGACCUCAACAGCAACCGGCUCACGGGCGAGAUCCCGCUCCGCCUCGGCCGGCAGCUCGGGUCCACGCCGCUCAGCGGCAUCCUGGCCGGGAACACGCUGGCGUUCGUCCGCAACGCCGGGAACGCGUGCAAGGGCGUCGGCGGGCUGGUGGAGUUCGCCGGGAUCCGGCCGGAGCGGCUGCUCGAGGUGCCCACGCUCAAGAGCUGCGACUUCACGCGGCUCUACUCCGGCGCGGCGGUCAGCGGGUGGACACGGUACCAGAUGACGCUCGAGUACCUGGACCUCUCGUAUAACAGUCUCAACGGCACCAUCCCGGUGGAGCUGGGAGACAUGGUUGUGCUCCAGGUGCUGGACCUGGCGAGGAACAAGCUCACCGGGGAGAUCCCGGCGUCGCUGGGCCGGCUCCAUGAUCUCGGCGUGUUUGACGUCUCGCACAACCGGCUCCAAGGUGGUAUCCCGGAGUCCUUCUCCAACCUCUCCUUCCUGGUGCAGAUCGACGUGUCUGACAACGAUCUCACCGGGGAGAUACCGCAGCGUGGGCAGCUCAGCACGCUGCCGGCCAGCCAGUACGCCGACAACCCGGGCCUGUGCGGCAUGCCGCUGCUCCCUUGUAGCGACCUUCCACCCAGGGCGACCAUGUCCGGCCUCGGCCCCGCUCCUGAUAGCCGCAGUAGUAACAAGAAGAGGUCGUUGAGGGCGAACGUGCUGAUCCUGGCCGCGCUGGUCACCGCCGGGCUGGCAUGCGCGGCGGCGAUCUGGGCGGUGGCGGUGCGCGCACGGCGUCGCGACGUGCGCGAGGCACGGAUGCUGAGCAGCCUGCAGGACGGGACGCGGACGGCGACGACGUGGAAGCUCGGCAAGGCGGAGAAGGAGGCCCUGAGCAUCAACGUGGCCACCUUCCAGCGGCAGCUCCGGAAGCUGACCUUCACGCAGCUCAUCGAAGCCACCAACGGCUUCUCCGCGGCCAGUCUGAUCGGCUCCGGCGGCUUCGGCGAGGUGUUCAAGGCGACGCUGAAGGACGGCUCCUGCGUGGCCAUCAAGAAGCUGAUCCCGCUGAGCCACCAGGGCGACCGGGAGUUCAUGGCGGAGAUGGAGACGUUGGGCAAGAUUAAGCACAAGAACCUGGUGCCCCUGCUGGGCUACUGCAAGAUCGGCGAGGAGCGGCUGCUGGUCUACGAGUACAUGACCCACGGCAGCCUCGAGGACACGCUCCACCUCCGCCGCCACGACGGCGAUGGCGGCUCCGGCGCGCCGUCGUCCUUGUCGUGGGAGCAGAGGAAGAAGGUGGCCCGGGGCGCGGCCAAGGGGCUGUGCUUCCUGCACCACAACUGCAUCCCCCACAUCAUCCACCGGGACAUGAAGUCCAGCAACGUGCUCCUGGACGCCGCCAUGGAGGCCCACGUCGCCGACUUCGGCAUGGCCAGGCUCAUCAGCGCGCUCGACACACACCUCAGCGUCAGCACCCUCGCCGGCACGCCGGGCUAUGUGCCGCCCGAGUACUACCAGAGCUUCCGGUGCACCGCCAAGGGCGACGUCUACUCCCUUGGCGUCGUACUGCUGGAGCUGCUCACCGGGCGCCGGCCCACCGACAAGGAGGACUUCGGCGACACCAACCUCGUCGGAUGGGUUAAGAUGAAGGUCAGGGAAGGCACCGGAAAAGAGGUCGUGGAUCCCGAGCUCCUCAAAGCCGCCGCCGCCGUGAAUGAGACAGAGAAGGAGAUGAUGAUGUUCAUGGAGAUUGCACUGCAGUGCGUCGACGACUUCCCGUCGAAACGGCCAAACAUGUUGCAGGUGGUCGCCGUGCUCAGGGAACUUGACGCGCCACCACAGGAACGAUUACCAGCGGUUGCAUGAAAUUGAUUAACUGCCAUGACCAUAAUCAUGAUGCAAUUAAUUAAUGCCCAUGGCAAUUGAUUAAGCAGCAAUGAGAUGGAGGGAUGCAUCUUCUAGUUUCGUGUUGAUUGCCGCUUAUAAUGUAUGUAAUGCUCUGUACUUAAUUAUCGAUUAAUAUCAUUGUUAUUUUUUACAGCACUGUGAUUCACCAGGUUCCUUCUCA